GCUACCCUCAAGUGACAUCAACCCUAAAUAUAACUUUAUAAAGAACCACCCCUUUUUUCGGAAGUCUUCUGGGAGGAAUCUUUGGAGAUCAAGGAAACCGACCACCAAUCAGAUAAAUAUUGAUGAGGUUCAGUAUUUUCCAAAACACAAAACCACGUAUUAUCUCGUAUAUCAGGGAAGAAUCAAGGAAAAAUGCCUGGAGACGACUACGAAGAGGAAGAAGAACAGAUGCCAUUGCUGCAGACCUCAACUCUUAAACUCACCGGAAACGUAUGGACAGCCCUAGCACAUUUGAUAGCUGGAGUGAUAGGGUCAGGGGUUUUAUCAAUGGCUUGGAGCAUGGCACAGCUGGGUUGGAUUGCUGGCCCACUAUCUAUUAUACUCAUUGCAUUCUUCUCCCUUGUGUCUGCCUUCCUUAUCAGCAACAUUCAACUCUAUUCCAACCACCCUAGCAUUACCAUAAAUCGCUCCUACCUGCAGGCGGUUCACACGAUUUUAGGAUAUAAGAAUGGAUUGAUAUGUGGAUGCUUGGUAUACUUCAGUCUAUUCAAAACAGGAGUUGUCUAUGUAAUCACAUCCGGAAUCUGCAUGAGAGCAAUUAGGCAAUCAAAUUGUUACCAUGAAGAAGGGCAUGAGGGUGAUUGUGAAUACAAAGAUGAAUACUAUAUGGUUGCGUUUGGUAUUGUUGAAAUAGUGGCUUCUCAAAUACCCAACAUUUUUCAUACGAAAUGGAUCUCAAUUAUUGCUGCAGCCAUGUCCUUGACCUAUUCCUGUAUUGGUAUAGGACUUGGGAUAGCCCAAGUAAUAGGACAAGGGAGGAUUGAAGGGAGCAUGAAUGGAAUCUCAACUAGUAAUCCAAGUCAGAAAGUAUGGUUGGUUGGCGAAGCUAUUGGGGAUAUUUCAUUUUCGUUUACAUAUUCAUUAAUCCUUCUUGAGAUACAGAGCACUUUAAAGUCACCUCCGCCUCAAAAAGAGACCAUGAAGAAGGUGUCCACUAUUGGAGUCCUUAUAACUGCUUCCUUAUACAUCUGCUGUGGUGCAUCUGGGUAUGCAGCCUUUGGAGAUUCAACUCCUGGGAAUCUCUUGACUGGGUUUGGAUUUUAUGAACCGUAUUGGCUUGUAGACUUUGGUAAUGCAUGCAUUGUUCUCCACUUAGUUGGCGGUUAUCAGAUAUAUAGUCAGACAUUGUUUGCUAUUGUGGAAGGAUGGUAUGCGGAAAAGUUCCAAGAAUGCAUGAUAAUCACAAGGGAAAUGGAUGUUGGGAUUGGGAGUUUGAGAGUGAACCCUUUUAGGAUCAAUCAUCUUUUGGCCCUUGACCAUAUAUUUCCCUGUUGA